AAGCUACAUUCGAAAACAUCUCAUAGCGGAAAAAGGAAAGAUCAAAACAAAAAUGAGCAACCUACAUAUAAUAGCUGUUCCUUUUCCCGCACAAGGCCAUGUGCUGCCCUUGAUGGAGUUGUCACAAUGCUUAGUCAAUCAUGGCUUCAAAGUCACAUUUGUGAACACAGAGUUCAAUCACAAACGCAUCGUGAACGCCUUGGCUGGCGAAACUCAUGUAGGAGAUCGUAUUCAUCUAGUAUCGCUUCCAGAUGGCUUAGAACCCAAGGAGGACAGGAAUGACCUAGGCCUGUUGUGUGAAGGAAUUCAACGAGUCAUGCCGGGGAAGUUGGAGGAGUUGAUAGAGAAGAUCAAUGAAGAAGAAAGUGAAAAGGUCGCAUGUGUUCUUGCUGAUGAGAAUUCCGGGUGGGCUCUGGACGUGGCAGCGAAAAUGAAAAUCCGGCGGGUUGCCUUUUGGCCUGCAUCAGCUGCAGCUUUGGCAUUGAGUUUCAAUAUUCCAAAGUUGAUUCAUGAAGGAAUCAUCGACAACGAUGAUGGAACUCCGUUGAAAAGCCAAGAAAUUGAGUUGGCAAAAAAUCAGCCCAAAAUGAAAACUGCAAACUUGCUGUGGACAUGCUUUCAUACACUAGACACUCAGAAAAUUAUCUUUCAACUUUUAGUAAGAAACAAUAAGUAUGCGAAAGCGGCAGACUGGCUUGUCUGCAACUCGGCGUAUGAUCUUGAACCAGCAGCGUUCACCCUAGCACCCGAGAUUUUACCAAUAGGCCCCCUUUUGGCAAGCAGCCGGCUCGAGAACUCACAAGGAAACUUCUGGCCACAAGACUCAACAUGCUUAGAUUGGCUGGAUCAACAGAAACCCAGAUCAGUGAUCUAUGUUGCAUUUGGCAGCUUCACGGUUUUCGAUCAAACACAAUUCCAAGAGCUUGCGUUGGCUCUUGAGUUGUCAGGGAGACCAUUUCUGUGGGUUGUGAGGCCGGAUACCACUGAUGGUGCAAGUGAUCCCUACCCGGAAGGAUAUCAAGAGCGAGUAGGCUCUUGCGGUCUGAUGGUCGGAUGGGCACCUCAACAAAAGGUUCUCAGUCAUCCUUCGAUUGCUUGCUUUGUAAGCCACUGCGGUUGGAACUCUACCCUGGAAGGCCUAAGCAGUGGGCUUCCUUUCUUGUGCUGGCCGUACUUUGCUGACCAGUUGCUCAACGAGAGCUACAUUUGCGAUAUUUGGAAGGUGGGACUGAGAUUCGAUAAGAAUGAAAGCGGGAUCAUCACGGAAGGAGAAAUCAAGACCAAGGUGGAGCAACUUCUCAGUGAUAAAAACUUCACAGCGAGAGCUUCGAAACUGAAGGAAGUGGCCAUGAACAACAUCAAAGAAGGCGGACAAUCGUACGAGACCUUCAAGAACUUUAUUGAAUGGAUGAAGUCUUAAGACGAGACGCCCAUCGAUCUUCGUUUUCUUCGAAAUAAACAAAAGGAAAUAGGCAGCAAAGAAAAUGUAGCUAUGGAUUCAACUGAGACCAAUGUAAACGGUGAUCCAAAAUCUUGUGUUCAUUAAAUAAAGUUUUCCAACCGUACCAAAACAAGAAUAUAAAACAACGGUGUGAUGUUUUGGGCUGCCAGAUCUAGAACUACCUUCAACGGUUUGUGUAUCCAAUGUAAACGGUAUAUCCUUCUAUUUAUAGUAUCACGUAGAUAAUGAAAUUUGACUAAAGAUGCUUUAU